AUGAGCCUCGUAGAUUCACCCGGUGAUCAGAGCGAGAAUUUGGAGCUCUUGGCGCGCAUUGAGCGACAGCUGGACGUCCAUUCGGAUAAUAAUGAUAAUAGAAGCACUCCAUCAAGUACUACCACUAUUUCUUCGAUUGAAUCUACAUCUUCUUUCUCUACUGAAACCGUUCGCGAUCUAUGGACACUCGUACUUGAUGUCGUGUUUGCUCCGUUAUGGCUACGUCUUCGGGCUGCUCAAUUGCUUAGUAUUUGCUGUGACAAUGACUCAAAUGACAUUGUAGUCAUUCGUUUGAAAGAAACGUAUAAACUCCGAGCCAUUGUGAGCUCUACAUGUCAAGCAAUUGAAGAAUUAGACCCUACCGACGCCACACAAGCGGCGCAAUUGUUUACAUGGCUUGAUUUUCUUGAGCGAGUCUUGUUGGCUACACACAGCAAUGUAUGCAGUCACGUUUUAUGCAGCAGUAUGUACGCAGGCAUGCUGACUAAAAUGUUGAGGCUCUUGUCAGCUUGUUCGACCAAAGUGUUUGCUGCGACGACAAUAUGUCUGGGCCUCUUUCAUUUCCAUGAGAAGAAGUGUGAACGUUUAAUAUUGGUGGGUGAAGUAUUGAGGGAUAUGAAGGAUGGUAGAGAGUAUUUGAGUGGGGCACUAUUGCACGUCAUUAACUCGUGUGGGUGUCCGUGUCCGAUGGAAAGGGUCAUUCAUCUCUGGAAUGCACUACAGUUGUUUGGCGAUAUUCUAGCUGAUGAAACAGCUUCAGAGUUGGUGUUUUUAAAUGACUACAAGGUGCUAAUUGAUCUCAUCAUUCGAGAGUGCACGGAUCUUCCACAGGAAGAUAUUACUCGUCUGCAUUUUAUGGAAUUGCUGAAACAAGUGAUGGAUUCCCCUCUUUAUCUUCAAGCAAAAAUGUAUCGUAAACGAGAAGUAUUGGAGUUAUUAGAGUCGCUGUUACAAGCUGGAGUCGAAGAAGAGUCGACUAUGCCAGAGAAUGUUGUCGAAAGUAUCAAGCACAUUCUGGUCCGAUAUAUUGAUUUGCUUGACUAA